GUGGGAGCGGGGCGGGAACGGGGCCCGGCGCCGCGCGGGGCGGGCAGGGCCGGGGUUUAGGACCCGGCGGGACGAGGCGGCGCCGGUGCCGGUCCCGCCCCGGCCCCAUUGUCUGGGCGCGGAGGCGGAGGGACGGGAGCGGCGGCCGCCGCUCGCACGGACGCGGCCAUGGCCCCCGCACCGGCCCCGGGGCCCCGGCUGGCGCUGCUGGCCGCCGCCCUGCUCUGCGCCCCAGCGAGGGGUGACGGGGAACCCCCCGAGCCCGUGUACCUGCCGGCAGCCCUGGAGGUGCUCGGCGUGCCCGAGUACUACCGGCUGCAGCGGGCGGACCGGGACCUGCCCGCCAACGCCUCACUGCGCGCCCGCACCGAGAGCUACCUGCUGCUGCGGCACGGCCCUGCGCAGCCCCUCGUCCAGGCCACCUACCCGCCCUUCAGCACCCGGCAGGAGGUGCCCGCCGAGACCCCCCUGGGAAAGGAUGGCUCGGCAGCCUGGGCCAUCCGUGCCGUCCCCCUCGAGAGCGCCGUGUCCCCGGCCGAGCCUGUUGCCCGUGUCCUCUUCCACCUGCAAGGUCCCGACUGGCUGCCUGGGGAGCGGGACCACCCUGGGGAGCGGGACCACCCUUGGGUGCGAGACCACCUUGGGGAGCGGGACCACCCGGGGGAGCGGGACCUGCCCUGCGUCACCCUCCAUGCACACCACCGUGGCCGGGUGGCCCGUGGGACAUGCCGCCUGCAGACACCCCUGGGCGUCUGUGUGGUGGAGCUGGAGAUCCCCCCACGCUGGUUCUCCCCGGCAUCCCCCACCUUACGCAGCCGCCGCCGGGCAGCUGAGCCCCCCGGGCGCCCCGAGCCCCCCGAGCCGGCCGAGCUCCACUACAGCGUGUGGGGGCCGGGGGAGUGCGGACACGGCGGGGGCCGGGAGCGGAGCCGUGGUGGGGAGGCACCGCGGUACCUGGGCAUGCUGGAGCUGCGGGCGGCUGAGCCGGCGCGGCGGCAGGAGGUACGGCUGGACGACAAGGUGCUGCUGCGGGUGCCUGACGCCACGCUGCGCCCAGGGCAGCGCUUCACUGCCACCCUCGCCCUUCGGCACAACUUCACCGCUGACCAGCUGACGCUCCGGAUCAAGGCGAAGAAGGGGCUGCAGGUGGUGGCGGCCCGCCCUGGGGCCCCCGCUGCCUGGACCGCCCAGCUGGAGCGCAGCCGGGGCCCCAAGCACUCGACGGCCGUGGUGACAUGCCGGCGGAGCGGGGAUGCUCGCAGCAGCUGGAGGGUGGCCGACUCCUCCACAUUCCUGUACCUGGACCUGGCGGUGGAGAAUGGGACGGGGGGGCUGGCACCGGCGCGGCCCCUCACCUGGCAGGUGGAGUACCCCGGCCAGGACCCCGAGGCCCAGAAGGACAAACUAGUGUGGGAGAUCCAGGUGUCGGAGCGGGAUGUCCGUGCCCUCGUCCCCCUGGUACAGGAGCUGGAGAUCCUGAACACAGCCCCACUGACGGGGGUCCCCCGUGCCGUGCCGGUGAAGCUGGUGGCGGUAGAGGCAGGCGGCGGCGUGACUGAGCUCACCGAGCCCCCGGGCUGCGAGUCGGCCGACAAGCAGGUGCUGCAGGUCUCAGAUGCCUGUGACACGGUGUUCGUGGGGGGCAAGGAGAGCCGGGGGGCACGGGGGGCACGGGUGGACUUCUGGUCCCGGCGCUUGCAUGCCUCGCUGCGCUUCACCGUCUGGGCACCGCUGCUGCCCCUGCGUGUCCAGCUGGGCGACACCGCGCUGGAGCAAGUGCGGGGCUGGCGCCUGCCUGGUGGCCCCGAGAGUGCCGCGGCAGAGGCAGAGGAGCCCGGGGAGGAGGCUGAGCGGCGGGCACGGGGCUGCCGGCCCCAGUACCAGCGGACGGCGGUGAAGGUCCUGGCGCACUUUGUGGCCCACCCACUCGAUGGUGGCCGUCACCUCACUUACCUGCCCGGUCCUGACUGGCUCCUGGAUGUCACCCACCUGGUGGCCAGCCAGACCCGGGUGCAGGACCCCCGCGUGGCUUCACUGGAGGGGGGCACCGUGGUGGUCGGCCGAGAGCCUGGGGUCACUUCUGUGGAGGUCCGCUCCCCGCUCUCGGACUCCAUCCUGGGGGAGCAGAUGCUGGUGGUGUCGGAGGAGAAGGUGACGGUGACAGAGCUGCGCGCCCAGGUGGUGUCGGGGCUGUCCCUGAUGCUGCGGGCAGAGCCAGGCCACCCCAGUGUGGUCACCACCACCGUCCAGGGGACGGUCACCCUGCGUGCCCCGAAGCAGGAGGCGACGCUGUCCGUCUGGCUGUCCUUCUCUGACCGCACGCUGGCCCCUCUGGAGCUGUACGGCUGGCAGGACAUGGCCUUGACCGUGACCUCGCUGGACCCUGCCGUGGCCACCGUGGGGGGCUCGCCCAGUGUCCCCGCCGCCCGCCCGUGGGUGGUGGCCGAGGGGCCGGGGCGGGGGUCUCUGCUGCAGCUCAGCCUGCAUCCCCCCGACGCCUGCCGCCGGGGCCGGCACCGGGCAGCCGCACUGGCCACCGGCACCGCCUGGCUCGAGGUGGGAGCCAGCCGGCGUGCACCUACCCCCGGUAGCCCCUGGCCCCGCGGUGGCCACCCCCGGCCCAGCUCGCCCUUCCCGCGGGCCGAGGGGGCCAUGUCGGGGGAGGCAGUGACAGCAGCCAGCGAGCCGCGGCAGAGGGACCCCGCAGGGGUGGGACCUGCCUCCACCAAGCUCCAGGGCCUGGGGUCUUCCUCAGAGGAGGAGGAGGAAGGCUACGGCCACGACCGCGCGGGCAGGGAGGAAGAGGAGGAGGAUGAGAUGGUGAAGGCUCCCGAGCGGGUGACGGACCUGGAGAUUGGCAUGUACGUCCUGCUGGCUGUCUUCUGCCUGGCCAUCUUCAUCUUCCUCGUCAACUGCAUCUUCUUUGUCCUGCGGUACCAGCAGAAGGAGCUGCCGGAUGCCGGCACGGCCCCCUCAGCCCCCCAGCCCCACAACUGGGUCUGGCUGGGCACCGACCAGGAGGAGCUGAGCCGGCAGCUGGAUCGCCGGCAGCCCGAGCCCCCGGCCCCCGAGGCGGGCACUGAGGCCGGGCGCUGCUGCUGCGGGGUGCCCCCGGGCCCUGCACCUGGCUCUGAAGCAGGGGGUCCCCCCCCUGGCACCCCGACACCCGGGGCUCCCCUGCCCCGCAAGGAAGGGGGCACGCUGGGGGGCGGCCGGAGGAAGCGGGUGGAAUUUGUCACCUUUGCGCCUGCCCGGGUCCCCGAGGAGCCCCCCCUGCCCGCCCCCAAUGUCCAGUCCAUCCUGGUGGCCAGCGAGGACGACAUCCGCUGGGUGUGUGAGGACAUGGGGCUGCGGGACCCCGAGGAGCUCAGGAGCUACAUGGAGAGGAUCCGGGGCAGCUCCUGACCCCGGGGGGGCAGCCCCUGGCCCCCCCAGCCCGGGCAAACCAGUAAGGGACCGACCUCCUCCCCAUGCCGCCCUGGGGGACACACACACAUCCCCCCUUUUCCCUGCCUGGCAGCGGGCUGUGCUGCUCCUGGGGACCACUGCCCAUCCCUUCUGGUGGCCUGAACCCCAAGCCCUGGUCACCCAAGGGACCAGCCCCAGGUGCCCGCCGGGGGGGUCUCCCCCUUCCUUGGGGUGCACAGCAGCACCCCUCACCUCAGUGGCCUCGGGGAGGAAGCCGGGGUGCCCUUACUGCUUUGGGUCUCAUUGCGACAUUGUGUUCAUAGUGAUGAUGAUGAUGAUGAUAAUGAUGAGUCCUGUGGUCUGAUCCCGGGGAGGGUCCCAUGCCCCCCACCCCACCUGUGCCAUGAGGAGGAGGGGGGUACGCGCCUUCCCCCCUCCUUCACCCUGGCCACGCAUCCGUUUUGUACGACUGGCAUUUUCUACCUGUAACGCCCUGGGAAGGGGCUGCUGUGAGGGGCUGUUAUUUAUGGAAGAUUUUUAAUUCUGACAUUGUUACAAAAAUAAAAUAUUUAAAAAAGA